AUGACCGUGCUCAAGCCUCCAUCCUCCGACGCGAAGGCGAAGGGACCACCGCGGCUCCCUCCCUUGACUCUUUAUACGCCGGAGAAGGUAGCAGAGCAUACGCCAUGUACCCUGCACUUCAACAUUCUACCCCCGGAACUGGCCUGCCAGCUGUUCUACUCGAUGAUGGAUUUGUCGAAAGACUGGAAGCCCAACAAGUGGUGGCUCUUCGAUCGCGUUGUCGAGAGCCCGCAUGUUACGUCGUUCUUCGCGCGCGAAGAUGUGGAAGGCUCGUCUCAGCUCUACGCCGCCGCUGCGAUGUCUUGGUACAACGGCCGAAGGACAGAUCCACCGCAGAAAUUUCCGGCGCCUAUGGAAGAGGCUUGUCGGAUAAUCGAGCAAAUAGUGAAUAACGAAAUGAAGAUACGCAAGCGAUAUCCCUUGGAAUGGGGCGGCGACUCGGGGUGGAGGGCAAAUGUCGCUGCGUCAAACCGGUAUGCGGGUGGGCAGGAGAGCGUCGGCUGGCACUCGGACCAGCUGACGAAUCUUGGUCCGUACCCAACCAUCGCGUCCUUGAGUCUCGGCGUUCGCCGCAACUUCAGCCUGCGCGAGGUGGUCCCUUCGGACGAGAAGGAGACUCGCCACCCGCGAACGUUCAACGUCUCUCUACCUCAUAACUCAUUGACAAUUAUGCACGCGUCUUGUCAGGAGCGCUUCAAACACUCCAUUCCUCCACAAUCGUCAAUCGACAUAUAUCGUCCGGCAUUCCCUCCUGGUCCCGAUCAAGAUAUCCAGGAAUAUAACUCGCGCAUCAACAUCACCUUCAGGUUCUAUAGACCUGACUUCGCGUCCGACAAGAAUCCCAAGUGCAAGUGCGGGAUCCCCAUGAUCUUGCGGCCUGACAUGAAGAACAGGUCGGGUGAUGCGGUGAAUAAAUACUGGUGGACGUGCUAUGCGGGUGCGCAGAAUGACGGGAAGGGUUGCGAUAUGUGGCAGGUUAUGGACAUGAAGAAGGAAGGGAGGGGGCCUACAAUUGGCGAAAUGUAG